AUGGGCUGGGAAGCUCUGAGAGAGCUGAUGAUCGAAGAAUACUGCCCGAGGGGCGAAAUCCAAAAGCUGGAGCAAGAACUGUGGAGCCUAACCAUGAAAGGCUCCGACAUAGUCUCCUACACCGCCAGGUUCUGCGAGCUGGUGGCCCUCUGUCCCAACAUGGUUCACACAGAGGGAAAGAAAAUCGAGAGAUACAUCUGGGGGCUGGUGCCUCCAUUUCAAGGGAAUGUUUUGGCUUCAAACCCCACUACAUUCGAUAGUGCCAAGCGGUUGGCACAGCGGCUUAUUGACCAUGGGGUCCGUACCCCGUCAACAACAACAACCCUGGCCAUCUCAGAACCCUCCAAAACCGCUGAUUCCAAGCGGAAGUUCUGGGAUGACAAGAAGAAGAAGAAAGCUGCCAAAAAGCAGCAGGUCGUGGCAGUUCAUGCUGCGAUAGCACCUGCCGCUGCUGCUCCGGUCAAGCAGUACGCUGGAAGUUUGCCUAAGUGCAACAAAUGCAACUUCCACCACAUCGGAGCCUGCCGGGAAAUGCAGUGUUCAAACUGCAACAGGAAGGGGCACACUGCCCGUUUCUGCAAAGCUCCGGCGAGGCCAAUCAACCAAGUCCCCGGCGCAGGAGUGGGCCAAGCUUGCUACGGUUGUGGCGAGGUGGGCCACUACAAGAGGAACUGCCCUAAGGCAGGGAAUGCCGGUGGAGUAGGAAGGGUUCUGGCCAUAGGCCACGAGGAAGCGGUUGCCGACCCCACAGUGGUCACUGGUACGUUUCUCCUCGAUAACUCUUAUGCAUGCAUACUAUUUGAUAGUGGAGCGGAGAGGAGUUUCGUGAACCAAAAAUUUGCUCAUUUACUUAAGCAAAAAUCACGAGCACUUAAAGAACCGUUCACUGUAGAAAUGGCUAAUGGGAAGACAGAGAGCACUAGCAGUAUAUACAUAGGAUGUACCCUAACUCUAGAUAGCCAUUCAUUUUCGAUCGACCUCAUGCCGGUCUCAAUUAAAAGUUUCGACGUCAUUAUCGGCAUGGAUUGGUUGAGUCUUCAUCGUGCCGACAUCAUGUGUUAUGAAAAGGCUGUUCGCCUUAAUCUGCCGUCUGGCGAAACUCUAGUAGUCUAUGGCGACAAACCCGACACGAACCUUCAUGUGAGCCAAGAAACGAAAGACAUUAAGAACAUUCCAGUAGUACGCGAUUUUCCCGACAUCUUUCCAGAAGAACUCCCAGGAUUACCUCCGCAACGUCAAGUCGAGUUCAGAAUCGACUUAGUUCCAGGGGCUACCCCAGUAGCCAAAUCGCCCUAUCGUCUAGCACCUGCAGAGAUGCAAGAACUGUCCGAUCAACUUAACGAACUGCUCAGCAAGGGCUUUAUAAGACCAAGCUUCUCACCAUGGGGAGCUCCGGUCUUGUUCGUCAAGAAGAAAGACGGAUCGUUUCGUAUGUGCAUCGACUACAGGGAGCUCAACAAGCUAACCAUCAAAAAUCGUUACCCUCUGCCUCGCAUAGACGAUUUAUUUGAUCAACUGCAAGGGGCGAACUUCUUUUCAAAAAUCGAUCUAAGAUCCGGAUAUCACCAACUACGAGUGCUAGGGGAGGAUGUUCCGAAGACAGCCUUCCGAACUCGUUAUGGGCACUACGAAUUCGUAGUGAUGCCGUUCGGAUUAACAAACGCGCCCGCAGUAUUCAUGGAUUUAAUGAAUAGGGUGUGUCGUCCUUACUUGGAUCAGUUCGUCAUCGUCUUCAUCGAUGACAUACUUAUCUACUCUCGUAGUAAGGAGGAGCAUAGUCAACAUCUGCGACAGGUCUUAGAAACGCUGCGUUCGGAGAAGCUCUAUGCGAAGUUCUCGAAAUGCGAAUUUUGGAUCCGAAGAGUCGAAUUCUUAGGGCACGUGGUUAGCGAAGAGGGAAUACACGUGGACCCUUCCAAAAUCAAAGCCAUUGAGAGCUGGUCAGCACCGAAGACGCCUACCGAAAUUCGUCAAUUUCUAGGCCUCGCUGGCUACUAUCGCAGGUUCAUUCAGAACUUCUCCCGAAUUGCGAAACCCCUUACCACUUUGACCCAGAAGGGCGUGGCCUUUGACUGGGAAGAGAAGCAGGAGAAAGCGUUCCAAACGCUUAAGCGAGCCUUAUGCACCGCACCAAUACUAUCCCUCCUCGAAGGGAAAGAAGACUUCGUUGUCUAUUGCGAUACGUCAAAUCAGGGGCUCGGUUGUGUUCUGAUGCAGCGAGGUAAGGUCAUCGCCUAUGCCUCGAGACAGCUGAAGACACACGAGGUCAACUACACCACACACGAUCUUGAGCUAGGAGCAGUUGUGUUUGCUCUGAAGAUCUGGAGACACUACCUAUACGGUACGAAGAGCAUGAUCUUUACAGACCACAAAAGCCUACAACAUAUAUUCGACCAGAAGGAGCUCAACAUGAGACAACGACGGUGGGUCGAGCUACUCAGUGAUUACGAAUGUGAAAUUCGUUAUCAUCCGGGUAAAGCCAACGUAGUAGCUGACGCCCUAAGUCGGAAAGAAUACUCUGGUCGUAGAGUCAAAUCAUUGACUAUGACUAUCCAUUCACACUUUUCCACACAAAUCAAGGAGGCUCAGCUCGACGCUUUGAAACCUGAAAAUGUGGCGAGUGAAUCCCUGAGAGGGAUGGAUAAGAACUUGGAAGUCAAGGGUGGCGGAGCCUUAUAUUUCAUGGAUCGGAUCUGGACACCGAAACACGGUGGCUUCAGAGACUUGAUCAUGACCGAAGCUCACAACACACGAUAUUCCGUCCACCCAGGUUCAGAUAAGAUGUAUCUGGAUCUUAAAAAGCUAUACUGGUGGCCUAACAUGAAAGCAGAGAUUGCUACCUUCGUGAGUAAAUGCCUUACUUGCGCCAAGGUCAAGGUCGAAUACCAGAAACCCUCAGGUCUACUACAACAGCCGGAGAUACCAGAAUGGAAGUGGGAGCGGAUCACAAUGGACUUCAUAACCAAGUUGCCCAAGACAACGGGUGGUCUCGAUACCAUUUGGGUGAUCGUAGACAGGUUGACCAAGUCCGCACACUUCCUGCCUAUCAAAGAAACAGACAAGAUGGAGAAGCUAACAAGAACCUACAUAAGGGAGAUCGUACGACUGCAUGGUGUUCCUAUAUCUAUUAUCUCCGAUAGAGAUAGUAGAUUCACUUCGAGGUUCUGGCAGUCGCUACAAAGUUCCCUAGGAACUAGGCUGGACAUGAGUACAGCCUACCAUCCACAGACCGACGGACAAAGUGAGAGGACUAUCCAAACCUUGGAAGAUAUGUUGCGAGCCUGUGUGAUCGACUUUGGGAAAGCAUGGGAUACUCAUUUACCCCUUGUCGAGUUUUCCUACAACAACAGUUAUCACACGAGCAUAAAGGCUGCUCCAUUUGAAGCCCUCUAUGGCCGAAAGUGCAGAUCCCCUCUGUGCUGGGCUGAGGUGGGUGACACCCAGUUAGCUAAAGGACGAGUUCCUGACAACACUCUCACCGGUCCGGAGAUCAUUCGGGAAACGACAGAGAAGAUCGUUCAGAUUCGUGAACGAUUGAAAGCCUCUAGAGACCGACAGAAAAGCUACGCAGAUAAACGAAGGAAACCGUUGGAAUUCCAGGUGGGCGACCGUGUUCUAUUGAAGGUCUCACCCUGGAAAGGCUUGAUACGCUUCGGAAAGCGUGGAAAGCUAAAUCCAAGAUACAUAGGGCCUUUCGAGAUUCUCGCUAGAAUCGGCCCUGUAGCUUACAAACUCAACUUACCUCGCGAACUCAAUAACGUACAUUCUACUUUCCACGUCUCGAACUUGAAAAAGUGUCUGUCCGACGAGACUCUUGUAAUCCCACUCGACGAGAUCGAGAUCAACGAGAGCCUCAACUUCGUGGAAGAACCUGUAGAGAUCAUGGACCGAGAGGUCAAGCAAACAAAGCAAAGCCGUAUCCCGAUAGUGAAGGUUCGCUGGAACGCCAAGCGAGGACCUGAAUUCACUUGGGAGCGAGAGGAUCAGAUGAAACUGAAAUAUCCUCAUCUUUUUUACUUAGUUAUUUGUAACUACUUAUUUGCUUAA